AUGUGGGAAUACGUUUUGUUCAGCUACAAGGACGUGUUACUGAAGCUGAUCCAACUGACCAUUGUUCCAAGUUCUAAUGGCGAUCUAGAUUACCCAGUUCCUAUAACACCAUGCACAGAUUUGCAUCCCGCUUUAACAUGGAACAGCACAGUGCCAUCCGGUUUCCUCUAUAAAGGAAAGUAUCACAACCUUAUUUGUCGAACAACAGUAAAUCCCAAUGCGGAGAAAUAUCGAGCAUGUCUAAAAAACAGACAAAUUAUUUCUAUUGGAGAUUCUACAACUAGACAAUGGUUCCUCCGUCUGGCGGCCAUUUUGGGAAUACAAAAUUCCACUGGUAUUCCAUCAAAUGUGGUAUGGCAAAAGUUCGCUCGCGCCUAUAACCCUACUCUUGGACUUGACAUUGAAUGGCAACCACAUGAGCUUCCGUUCCACGGGACUCCGGGUUCGGACAGAAAGACCAUUAAAUCUGUAGCCAACAGACUGGACAGAAUUCCUGCCAAAAGCACCGCCAUCGUUAUUGUCCACUGGUAUGCCCAUAUCGCCAGGUGUUGUGACCACGUAGCCUUAAGGGAGCACGUGAGAAAUGCAAAAGUAGCUAUGACUAGGCUCCUGAAGAGGUCCCCGGAUGUUUAAAUUUUCAUUAAAGGCCCUCACCUUGUGAAAUAUGCCCAUGCGUUGAAGCCAUAUGCCUACAUUGGUAUGUUCGUAGAACAGGUUCUAUUGGAGGAGCUACAUGAUCUUAUUAACAAAUCAUCUUCCUUGACCAGUGGGACAUGUCGGUGGCUAAGGAAAACGUAAAUGUUCAUCCUGACACCAUGCUGGACGAUAUAUCAUUAAACAACCUCAUCAAUUUUGCAUGUAAAAUACGUUAAAUAAAUGUAUGAAAUACGCUUUUCCUUUAA